UUGCAACUGUAAAAUCCACAGAACACACCCCUAACUCCUCUGGAAUAGUAUUUAAUGAUAGGCUAAUACAUUGCCUAUUGUUUCGCCUCAUUUUUCUCCAAUUCUUGGAGGCGGUGAGAGAAGAUGGGAGGGACUACAAACUCUCCCAAAAUUAGCAGAAGCUCUUGCAUUCAAUUUGUAAAAGAGAAGUAUAAUGUCAUUCCUUUUCCUUUCCCUAAUCAUCCAUGGACAUGGACAUGGAUAUGGACUCACUCACCUUGUCUUCUCGGCCCCCUUAAAUUCCAUUUCCAUUCUUUCCUCUCUUUCGUUUUCGCUUCCUUUACCACCAUAGUUUUGCAAGCAUUUUCUAGGGUUUCCAUUUCAUGCCCUAGAUUUCGGUUCAAUUCUUGUAAACAAAGCGGAAACCAAAUUAGGCUUAACAUUUGGAGAGAGAUCAAAGCAAGUCUUUCUGGACCAUUGUCUAUGUUCAGCUCAACUGGUGCCUUUCCAUCUGUAGUAAAGCCUAUCAUAUCAGCCAAAUGGGGAUAAGUACUUCACAACAGGGGCCAGGGAAGGCUGAGGACUUGAGUUUACUCCAUGUCCAACAUCAACUUAUCAAUUAUUUCUCUAGAAGUUUAUCCAUACGGAACUUGGUAUCUAAGCAAAGGAGACGAAUGCUUGUUGGUGGUUAUGAUCUUGACAUGUCGUAUAUCACAGAUCGUUUAUUAGCUAUGUCAUUUCCUGCAGAACGUAUGCGAGCAGUGUAUCGUAAUCCUCUCUGGCAAGUCAAGUCUGUACUGGACAUGACACAUCAGGGCCAUUAUAAGGUCUAUAACUUGUGUAUAGAAGAAGCUUAUGAUCCAUCACAUUUUCAUGGCCGCGUGGAGAGAUUUCCAUUUGACGACAAUCAUGUUCCACCUCUCCAUACGAUCAAGCAUUUUUGUGAAAGUGUGUAUUCAUGGCUUUCAAGCGACCCAAAAAAUAUUGCAGUUGUACAUUGCAUGGCAGGCAAAGGUCGGACUGGCUUAAUGGUAUGUGCCUACCUUGUUUACUGUGGCAUGUCAGCAGAGGAGGCUCUUCAGGUUUAUGCACAUAAACGGACCACCAAUAAUGAAGGAGUCUCCAUACCUAGCCAACGUCGUUAUGUCGGAUACUGGGAGAAUGUUCUUUCUUUUCCUAGGGGAGUUGAUUAUGGACCUCCAGACUUGACCUUGCCUCAACCAUGCAGUAGAGAAUUGCGGCGAAUCCGACUAUACGACACGGUGAACACUGAACGUGUCUUCUUUGUGGUCACAGAGUUGCAAGAGGUUCCAGGUCAGCGAUAUUGUCCACCUGUUGAAGUUGCCAAGAGUUGCUGCAGGCGAAUUGAGAAAGGUUAUCAGAGACCAGAUAGCCCUCGCUAUUAUUUCUCCUUCAUCGAGAGAGAUGAAGAUGAAGAAGGGGAGAAUUUGGGAUUGGAAGAACCUCGUCUGGUUGUCCAAAUGGACACCGAGAGUCCUGUAAUCUACCAGAAAACCUGUCUCGACUAUUACUUUGAGAAACCCGUACAAGUUAACGGAGACGUUCGUGUCAUAUUCUAUGAAAAAAUGAUUGGAGGACGUCUCUUCUAUACUUGCUUCAAUACAGCUUUCAUCAGGAAUAGCAUGCUACAGUUUUCUGUGCGGGAUUUGGAUAAAAUUGGAAGCAAAGGGAAGUCAAUAUGUGGCCCAGCAUUCUGCUUGGAGCUGCUAUUCGGUCCGGCAAACAGCUCAUUCUUUGCUCCAUCCAUUGACGAGUUUAGUGAUUAAAUCCUUAAAUUUGUUUGAAUGGAUCCAUUUAAAUCUGUAAAUUUGCACUCCUCCCUGUAAAUCUUUUUCAGAGGCUGUCUCGCCGUCUAGUUUUUGAUGACGGAAGCCAACAGGAAUAACGACAAGUUUUGUAUUUAGAACUUCAGAGCAUUUUACAAAUGUCAAUUUAUUUUCUCA